AGGUUGUUCAUCUCUAAGGAGGAGCAACACCCAAACUGCAGGGAAAUACGUCGUGCGGAAAAUUAGGAAGACUCCUUUUUUUCUUGGGAGAAGCUGAUUUCCUUCGGCAAGUGGGGGACGGUGGAGAAAAUGAAGCCGAGCCCACGGUUUUUCUUAGCUGGUUUUCUGUCUUUGAUUCUGCAGACGGGGAUUUGCCAUGGGAUAAAAUGGAUAGCUCUGUCCAAGACUCCCUCGGCUUUGGCCCUGAAUCAAACCCAGCACUGCAAGCAGCUCGAAGGCUUGGUGGUUUCCCAGGUGCAGCUUUGCCGCAGCAACCUGGAGCUAAUGCAGACCAUCAUCCAGGCAGCACGGGAAGUGAUAAAGACCUGCCGUAAAACUUUCUCAGACAUGCGGUGGAACUGUUCUUCCAUUGAGCUGGCUCCUAACUACCUGCUGGACUUAGAGAGAGGCACAAGGGAGUCAGCAUUUGUGUAUGCCCUUUCUGCUGCUGCCAUCAGCCACACCAUUGCCAGAGCCUGCACCACCGGGGACCUCCCUGGCUGUUCCUGUGGUCCCAUCCCAGGUGAGACACCUGGACCUGGGUAUCGAUGGGGAGGAUGUGCAGACAACCUCAACUAUGGUCUUAUCAUGGGGUCCAAAUUUUCAGAUGCUCCCAUGAAGAUGAAAAAAUCAGGAUCACAAGCCAAUAAACUGAUGCAUCUGCACAACAGUGAAGUAGGGAGACAGGUCUUGAAAGCCUCUCUUGAAAUGAAAUGUAAAUGCCAUGGAGUUUCUGGGUCAUGCUCUAUCAAGACCUGUUGGAAAGGCCUUCAAGAGCUGCGAGACAUUGCAUUGGACCUCAAAAACAAGUAUUUAUCAGCCACCAAGGUCGUUCACCGGCCCAUGGGCACACGCAAAUACCUUGUGCCAAAGGAUAUUGAUAUCAGGCCAGUUAAAGAGACAGAGCUGAUCUACCUGCAGAGCUCGCCCGAUUUCUGCAUGAAGAACGAGAAAGUGGGGUCACACGGGACCCAGGACAGGCAAUGCAAUAAGACCUCCAAUGGGAGCGACAGCUGUGACUUGAUGUGCUGCGGCAGAGGCUACAACCCCUACAUGGACAAAGUGGUGGAGCGAUGCCACUGCAAGUACCACUGGUGCUGCUACGUGACCUGUAAAAAGUGCGAGAGGACUGUCGAGAGAUAUGUGUGCAAAUGAAAACCCUCCUCUCUCCACCCAGGAGCUGAGACGCCAGUGGCACCCCAGCACUAUUCAGAGAAGAGAAAACAUUUCCCCGACUAGACGUCGUUUAUCUUGUAAAGACACAGACUUGAAGAAAGAUGGUAGGAGGAAAAAAAAGCAAUCACACCAGUAAAAAUAAGACCCUUAAAAAAUCCAACCAAACCCACAAACGUUUCCCCCCACCAAUAAAAUGCUCUCUGAGAAGUCAAAAACUCAUUUGGGAUGGCAUCUCUUCCAAAAUAUUUCCUGUGGCUGCCAAUGACGUCCAGCCACCAAGUGCCUUAAUAUUUUGAGAAACAAAAGUAGAAAUUUUCCCCGGGGAAGAAAAGCAACUCUUGUUUGAAAAUAACUAAGGCUCACACCUGCCUAUGCUUUCUAGCACAGGUACUGAGUCUGCAUUAGGACCAUCCCAGAAGGGAAAAUGCUGCAACUUUUCAGCAAUAACUGCCUUUGUUGCCAAAGACUCAAUUUUUAACACGGAAGCAUCCACUCCAGAUGAUAAAGGUGGAAAGAUUUCAGGUCAAUCCCUUGAAAUGAACAACUCAUUUUAACCUUUCUUUUUACGCAGGUCUGUGACUUUGAAGUUACUGCUGCAGGAAAAGCUGUCCAUGAUUUUUCCGGGCUGGAUGGGGUUUGAAAUUCACCCA